AUUGACUUUGCCUUCCAAAAGUCCUCGAAAUCAACCCCCAAAUCCAAAUCCAAAUCCAAAUCCCUCCACACAUGUACCCCCCACCCUUAUAAUCACCAUCAUCUUCUCACAAAAUCUUGACCCAUUUCAGAUCAGAUCCGAUCCGAUCCAACCCACCCACAAUGGCUUUACCCAAACAACACUACACAACCAGCAGUCUUGUAAUUGGGUAUGCCUUAUGUUCAAGUUUACUAGCAGUAAUUAACAAAUUCGCCAUCACUAAAUUCAAUUACCCAGGUCUUUUAACUGCUUUACAGUACUUUGUUUCUGCAUUUGGUGUCUGGGUUUUGGGUAAAUUAGGUUUCUUGACCCAUGACCCAUUUGUUUGGGACACUGCCAAGAAAUUCUUACCUGCUGCUUUUGUUUUUUACCUUGCUAUUUUUACCAAUACUAAUCUUUUACGCCAUGCUAAUGUAGAUACUUUUAUUGUGUUUAGAUCCUUAACUCCCCUUUUAGUUGCCUUAGCUGAUACAUUGUUUAGGAAGCAGCCCGUUCCGUCUAAGUUAACGUUUUUAUCGCUUUUGGUUAUCUUGGGUGGUGCCGUUGGGUACGUUGCUACUGAUUCGGGUUUUACUUUAACUGCGUAUUCGUGGGCUUUUGCUUAUUUGGUUACCAUUACAACUGAAAUGGUUUAUAUUAAACAUAUGGUUACGAAUCUUGGGUUGAAUACUUGGGGUUUUGUUUAUUAUAAUAAUUUGUUGUCGCUUAUGAUGGCUCCGUUGUUUUGGUUUAUUACUGGUGAGUAUUCGGAUGUGUUUGCUACUGUUGGGGCGAACCGUGGGAGUAUUUUUGAGAUUGUUGCGUUUACUGCUGUUUCUUUGUCGUGUUUGUUUGGGCUGUUGAUUAGUUUCUUUGGGUUUGCUUGUCGGAAGGCGAUUUCUGCUACUGCGUUUACCGUCACUGGUGUCGUGAACAAGUUUCUUACGGUGGCUAUUAAUGUUUUGAUAUGGGAUAAACAUGCUAGUCCGUUUGGGUUGUUUUGUUUGCUUGUGACGAUUGCUGGAGGGAUAUUGUAUCAGCAGUCGGUGACUGGAGUUACCAUUUCUUCUGCACCAAAAGAUCCUGCAGUAACUAUGCUGAUGGAGAAUAAGAACGAUGCUGAUGAUUACACGGAAGAGGAUGAAGAAAAGGGCAUAGCGGAUAAAAUCUCAGGUGUAUAAGAGAUUCUUUAUCUUACAUGAAGAGGCUUGGUCAACCAAAGCUUUUUUCUUGGUUAGUUUUAUACGUAUAUGUACUAAAUUUUUAAGCUUUUUGGACUACGGUUAUAAAUUAUUGAUGUUGUUUAAAAAUAGGUAAUUUUUUUCAUACUAUGUUCAGUUCAUGCCUUGCUUACUCGGGCAUAUGUGUCUUUCAGAAGUAUUAGCAGAGAACAUCAUAUACUUUGUCAGAGCAAUUCAAAACUCCAAAUGUUUAGCA